CCACCAAUGACUCCUAAUGAAGAUCAUAAUAACGAAUCCAUCCUGUCCGAUCUUGAAGGAGCAGAGAUCUUACUGGACAGCGUAUUAGAUGCCUUUGUUUCUCUCUCCAAGCAUGCUGAUCAGAAUCGAGCCUUUUUGACUAUUCUUGAGGGCAAGCUAGGUGAAAUGAACAGCAAGAUUUCACAGACAAUAGAUAAUAAAUCGGCCAACAUACCCACUUCGACCUCAUCUCCAACAUCCCCAAGUACUCCUGUCGCGAAUGAGAUCGUACUCACAAACAACCUCGAAGAGCCAGCCACACUUCAUCUACUCGAAAAAUACUCUACCCUCUUACUGAAAAUGGUGGAGAGCAAGAUGUCAGCAGCAUAGUUGAAAUUCUAUUAUGGCCACUUACUUAUCCACCCACGCACACCUUUUAUUUUCUCUCAUUUAUUUGUUUGUUUGUUUGUUUGUUUGUAUUCACUUUGCUAUUUUCUUUUCCUCUAUCUCUUUCAUUAUUUGCUGUCAUUUUUUUUUUAUCUUAUCUUAUUUUAAUAUUCAAUGGGAUGAUACCGUAAAUACCCCAACGCACACAUACAUCUUUAUUUAUAUAUAUAUAUAUAAUAUAAUAGUAAUAAUAAUAAAUAAAGCACUUCCAAAAUGCGAUUAAUAUUAAGCGCAUAU